AUGAGCCAACCUCCUCCAGCUCCAAUUCCAGCUCCAACUUUAAAUAAAGGCUCUGAAAUCAAUUUUGCCGAAGUUCCUCAUGUUAGUGUCCUCUUUCAAUUUUUCAGAAAUCCUUGCGGGGAUUUUUAAAGGAGCAUGGCUUGUUUUAAUAAAGAGAAUCAGAGCGAAGAGCUUUUUUAACAUGCUUGCAAGGGUUUUCAGAGGAGCUAUUGCAGAAGUGUAUGAAAAAACAGCCGUGAAGAUUUUGCGCUCUAUGGAUAAAUUUUUCAGGAAACUAUUGAAUAUUGUCCUGAUCUCCUUUCUGGGUACAGCCACUCCAGUGGCACCAUUUCUUAUGAUUCGAUCCCGGAAGUCGUUGGAAGAGACGGUCGGACUUUUUCAUCUGACGUCGAUAGAGGUUCACCCCCUCCCCCGUCUAAAUGAUGUCUUUGUUUAGUGCAACAACUACACGGAAAAAGCCGCACUAUAAAAAUGAAAUCGAAGGAUUUGAUGAAAGAAAAAAACGGCGAGAGUCAUACCGAUCAAUGAAGCCGAGUUUCUUCGGAUCGUCAAGUUUGAAACUUUAUUUUAAUCAUGAAAUUUAUAUUUUCCAGAAAUAAAUCUCAACAACUUCGGGAGGCCGAACCAGUCUGGCAAGGUAUUGGAUACGUUGCGGAAAUCGCCAGGGUAUUCUUUUUUUGCGCAAGUCGUUUUGAAGUCGGGGGCAAUUUUCAGUUGAUUAAUAACUGAUUUUGAGAAGGGAACAAGUCUGCUGCCUUCAGAAAGCUAUUUUUUCAGACCACUGACGAAAUUUUGGAGCAACAUUUCGAACAAAGAACGGGCGCCAUUCAACUAAAUUUCAGCGUGACGCAGUCUGCCGUGCAGCUGAAAGUCAAGGUAAUCUUUGCUCCAUUGAUAAUUACUAGAGGGACCACUUGAAAAGUCGUGAGUGGCUGUAGAAAGUGAUGUCAAUGCGCGCAAGCCGUUUCGAUUACUAAAGGGACCACUUAAUAAGUCGUAAGUGGAUGUAGAAAGCGAUGCCAUUGCGUGCAAGUCGUUUCGAGUCGGGCGAACUUUAAAACAACCGCUCUGCAGUUGCGCACUUCUUACAGGAAGCCCAGAAUUCCGACUCGUUUUCAGAAAAGCUUUAAAUUCAGAAAACGAGAAAAUCAUCGGUGGAGCGACAUUUCAAUGAGGAUACGGCCUUCAAGGCUUCUCCACACCAUUUUGAGCGAAUUUUUCCGGACCCAAAUAAUCAUGUACCUUUUUUGAAGAAGAAAAAUGUUGAUGAUUAA